AUGGCGCCUUCAAGACUUCGCAUCAGAGCUAGAGUGGUUGUAUUUCUUGAGGAGAGGAGAGCAAGCAGACAUGGAGGAGUGAAUCAGUUAGGGGGUGUUUUUGUGAAUGGUCGUCCACUCCCUGAUGUUGUCCGGCAAAGGAUUGUGGAACUUGCCCACCAAGGGGUCAGGCCGUGUGACAUCUCCAGGCAGCUACGGGUCAGCCAUGGUUGUGUCAGCAAAAUUCUUGGCAGGUACUAUGAGACUGGAAGCAUUAAGCCUGGAGUGAUUGGAGGAUCCAAACCAAAGGUCGCCACACCCAAAGUCGUCGAAAAAAUUGCAGAGUAUAAACGCCAAAAUCCCACCAUGUUUGCCUGGGAGAUCAGGGACAGGCUUCUAGCCGAGCGAGUGUGUGACAAUGACACCGUACCCAGCGUCAGCUCGAUUAACAGGAUCAUACGGACUAAGGUACAGCAACCACCCAACCAGCAGGUCCCAGCCUCUAGUCACAGCAUAGCCUCCACGGGGUCCGUGACCCAAGUCUCGACAGUGAGCACUGACUCCGCCGGCUCCUCCUACUCCAUUAGUGGAAUUCUGGGAAUUACAUCCCCCAGUGCUGAAAGCAACAAACGCAAACGCGAUGAAGGUAUUCAGGAAUCUCCAGUACCAAACGGCCAUUCCCUCCCGGGUCGAGAUUUCCUUCGGAAACAGAUGCGAGGAGAUCUUUUCACCCAGCAGCAGUUAGAAGUGUUGGAUCGAGUCUUUGAGAGGCAACAUUAUUCUGACAUCUUCACAACAACUGAACCCAUCAAACCAGAGCAGACGACAGAAUACUCAGCCAUGGCAUCAUUAGCUGGCGGAUUAGAUGAUAUGAAGGCCAAUUUAACAAGCCCUACUUCAGCAGAAUUAGGAGCUAGUGUUCCAGGACCACAAUCCUACCCUAUCGUGACAGGUCGUGAAUUGGCAAGCACAACGCUCCCAGGAUACCCUCCUCACGUCCCCCCUACUGGACAGGGCAGCUAUUCUGCUCCAACACUGACAGGAAUGGUGCCUGGGAGCGAGUUUUCUGGAAGUCCAUACAGCCACCCACAGUAUUCAACAUACAAUGACUCCUGGAGAUUUCCCAACCCUGGAUUGCUAGGCUCUCCUUAUUAUUACAGUGCUGCAGCCCGAGGAGCGGCACCCCCAGCAGCUGCUGCUGCCUAUGACCGCCACUGACCCAAGGAGUCUGGAACUCCAGCACUUACUAAACAUAUCAUCCAGGCUGACGGCAUCCGAAUCACCUAGAAAUAACCAUGCAAAUCAGACUGCAAGGAAGGAAGACGAAAGUAUCCAGUAGGAACCCGCUGGCUGAAAUUUUACUCUUUAAACUGGGUGAACUAAUUAUUAUUAUUUUUUAAAUCCAUGAAAUUCUGGCGAUAUUAACUGGGCUCUCAUACAAAACAAAGAAAUGGGAGAAACCAGUUCUGCCGCCGUUCCAUCUGAUUUGAAAGGUACAGUAGCUGCAUCCUACACACAGCCUACAGAUCUCGCUGCCUCUGGUUCUCUCAGCUGCGCCUGGGGACCGGAAGCAGUUCUGACUUUGAGCAGGCCAACUUGGAGUGUCUCCCUUAAGGUGCAGUGACGCAGGUUGUGUGACUCAACAUG